AUGAACGAGAAUCAUAAGAAAAUGGUCCACAGAGAAGUUAGAAUAUUGAACGAGGUCAUUGACGUGUUGCUCAAACCAUCCAAGUACGGAAUUUCAGAUGAUGAACUUUUCACAUACUUGAACAAAUUCACAACAAGCCAAAGUGACAAGCCCGAGUCUAGAGACCAGAAAAUAUCCACGCAGCUUAUUAAUUUCACCAGAAUAUUGGACCUGGGACGAUUGUUGGCGCUAAAAGACACCGCACCUUUUGCAGAUCUGCAAAAACUCUUAUCAACAAACGUGUACAUCAACCAUCUCCCGGACACAUCUGGACUUUCAGGAAAAGAAACUGGCAAGAGUAGCACCAGCACUUAUUACAUGCCCGAUUUGAGGCUCCCGAUUAAAAACGUCAUCAUUCUUUUCAUCAACUACUUCAAAAAACAGGAAGUUGCCCUCUCUUCUCAAAAGCCACAAGUUGAACAGAGCAAAAGUACUUCUCCUUCUAUUUAUGAUACCUCGUGUAAGGAAAUGCAAUCAGUGAUGCUUUUGUUGAACGUGUCGAUCAUCAACAAAUUGGUGAAGAUCUUCAAAACGCUCAACCCGAAAUUCAUCUUGAAGAGUGAGGCCUUGAUGGUCAACAUAUGA